AGUAUUAGUUGUGAUAACAAAAUAAAUGUAAACAUAAUUUAUCGUUGAUUUGAGAUUUUGAAAAUCACUUAAAUUGGUCCGCAAUGUACUAACUCGUGUUUCUUCACUUUUAUCAUUAACUAUAAUGGCAUCUAAAGACUUACUUAAAGUGAUACCAUUAUUGGAAAGAUUAUCACUGAUUAGGUUCGCCAAUGAGGGCGGUAUUAAAAGAUUAAACGAAGCCAUUGAGUUCGCCAAUCAUUUACAAGAAGUUAAUGUCGAUGGCGUGCAACCCAUGAUAUCACCAAAUGAAGGCAAAUGUAUUCAUAUGAGAGAUGAUAUUAGUGUUGUCACUAACAAGGAUGAGAUCACACAAAAUGCUGUUCAUCUCAUUGAAGGAUAUUUUGUGGCACCAAAUCAGUAAUCAAUUAUUUUUG